AAACUAAAAAGCCCAACAUCAAAAAGUACUCAGGGAUGACUGAGGAAUGAGGAUCAGACAGAGAGAGAGAGAUGGAGAAAAUGCGAGAAGCAUCAAUUUGUAUAUAAACAAAAAUGGCUUACGCGUCUCAUUAUUCACUUGUCGCGUGCUGUUGCCGCUAUCGUGCGCCUCUUAGGUCACCAGUUUCACACAUCACCCCGCCUCAGCUGGCCCCCGCCGCCGCCGUCGCCUUCUCCUCCCGCUGCUUUCGCCGCCUUCCCAACUCUCAUCUCUUUACGGGGAACUCACUCUUCUUCCGCAUGGAGCGGUUCUGGACAGGUAGUAGCAUUAAUGGAAACAAAGACAUGGUGAAACAUUUGCAGAGCUAUGGGGUGAUAAGCUCAAAGAAAGUAGCAGAAGCAAUGGAAACCGUUGACAGGGCCUUGUUCGUCCCUGAUGGUUCACCGCCAUACAUUGAUAGCCCUAUGCAGAUAGGUUAUAAUGCUACUAUUUCUGCCCCUCAUAUGCAUGCCAUGUGCCUCCAGUUGUUGGAGAAUCAUUUAAAGCCUGGCAUGCAUGUGUUGGAUGUUGGUUCAGGGACUGGGUAUUUGACUGCGUGCUUUGCUGUUAUGGUUGGGAAACAAGGUCGUGCUGUUGGUGUGGAACAUAUUCCUGAGUUGGUUGAGUCAUCCAUUAAGAAUAUCCAAAAGAGUGCAGCAGCUCCACUGCUUAAAGAAGGAUCCUUGUCGGUACAUGUUGGAGAUGGUAGGCAAGGCUGGCCCGAGUUUGCACCUUAUGAUGCUAUUCACGUUGGAGCUGCUGCCCCAGAAAUUCCUCCAGCGCUUAUCGAACAACUGAAGCCCGGGGGCAGAUUGGUAAUUCCAGUCGGUAAUAUUUUCCAGGACCUUCAAGUUGUAGACAAGAACAUGGACAGCACCACAAGUAUCCGUAGUGAGACUUCAGUUCGUUAUGUCCCACUCACAGGCAGAGAAGAUCAAAUUCGGGGAUACUAAGAGGCACUUCCUUGUGUAGUUAUUCUGUUUUGCUUUUCGGUGUGUGAUUGUAGUGAUUGUGUUGGGCCGUAGGUGAAGGUUAUUUGCGUUUGGACGAUUUUAUCCCUGUGUACAUAUUUCUGAAAUCCGUAUAGAAAACCAAACAUAUUACGCGAUGAAACCUAUCGGCUUAUCACCAUUUUAUAAUUUCGAUGGCGAAAGUUCAUGUACAAAAAAUAAAUGCUUUGCAUUUGGAGUUGUGUGAUUUGAUAUUCUAGUUUUUACUUCUUUGUGUGGUAGCA